ACUGAAUUAAAAAUUUUAAAACAACUCUUAGAUUAUAUAAAAGAUAUGGUAUAUAAUGAAAAUCCAAAAAAUAUUUAGUGUUUUAUGCUGUUGUAUUAGCAUAGCAUUUGCACAGCUUAACCAAUUAGAGGGUCCGAGAUGUAUGGUACCCAAGAAAUUACAUGGAACAUGGUUUUCUUUAGAACAAGAUGUACCAACAACAACUGUUUUAAAUGAAACUUCAAUGUCACGGCGUGGUGACUGUAUCGAUAUGAGCAAAGAUAAUGGAGAGGAAUAUUUAUUUAUUUUCAAAGAAAAUAAUAUAAAUUGUUAUCAUUGCGUUAAAAUGAUAAUUCGUACAGUUAAUGUUAUUGAAAUGGUCCAAGAUCCUUGUGUAUCCUUAUCACCCAAUACACAACCAACUAUAGAAAAAAUAUGUGUAGGUAUAAAAGAUAACCAACAACUAAUAAUACUUUUUAAAGAAGAUUUUCUGCCUAUAAGUUGUCCAUCAUUUUUGGAAGGCGAAUGGCGUUUUACAUAUCAGAACAAUUUACAUUCCACUACUGAUGUCUGCAAUAGACCGGAUGCACGCAUAAAGUCCUGUCAAAUUGCUGGAUCUCCAUUUUUGAUUAAAAAGUUUAGUAUAUCAUAUAAACAAUGUGAGGAUAUGGAUUAUAGUUUUUAUGGAAAUGUACAGUUUAGUUGCUUAGGUGAUUGGUUUGUUGGAAAUAGUCACUAUUUCGUUGUUGCUAACACAAGGGAAUCUCGUAAACACGAAAAGUAUCGCUGUUUUCUUAAGGAUCGUGAUGAUGACUUAAAUAUUGGUGUAUCAAUAACAGCAGAAUGUAACAAACUUAAAACACCAGAACAUUCUCCAGAACACUUGAAGCUUACUCCCAUAAAAACUGAAUACAUUAAACCGGGUUGUAAUCUUCCACAAUAUUUCAGCGGAAAAUGGAUUAAUGCAGCAAAUAUCAAUACAGAUAUAAUUAUAAGUGAAACGCAUAUUAAUCAAACUUACUUCUUAAAUAGAGGACGUUCGAAUCAUGUUACUUAUGUUUGCAGAGAACGUCACGGUAACCGCGUUAUGAUGUCUCAUUUAUCAGUUGAUGGUUGUGAGGAAAAUUUUGUCUGUUUUGAAUUUAUGCCAAGCCAUCACAAUAUCAUAAGAUACCGCACUGGAUUGUAUGGAAUAAAGAAUGAUUUCAAUACUUUAUGUUCUUCUGAGCAGUUCAAUGAGUCCAAAGAAGUAUUAUUAUUACCUAAAAAUCCAGUACCAAUUCGUUGUCCUGUUGCAGGAAAAUUUAAUUUUACUCAAAAAGGCGAAAAUCCUUUUCAAAAGAGAAUUCUAGACGGUAUAACGUUAAGCCCACGCCCUGAUCUACAAUGUAAACAAAAUAUUUCCCUUUUAUCAGUGUGUGAUGUUGACCAGAAAGAAAUAACUAUAGAUGUCAAUUAUUGUUUGGCAUUUAAUCAUUUAGGUGUUCCUGAAAAAAUAUACAAUUCGUUAAAAGGUGAACCUGACUACCGAAUGAAGUGUAUUGGCUUCUGGAAAGAGAAUUUGAAAUCAUACUUAAUUACAUACAAUGACUUGGACCCACGUUCAAAGUAUCGAUGUUGGGUGUAUCAACGGACUGAUUUGAAUCGUGUGCUUAUGUCACAAUCUGUGAAUGCAUAUUGUAAUACAGACCAAAAUGUUCAAUCUUGGUAUUAUUAUGAAGGCGCUGAUGUCGCAAUCGAUGCUAUUCCAUAUGAAGGUGAACAUGGCAACUGUCCCAUGUCUUUUGAUGACGGUGAAAAAAUUGAUACUUUGGAUUGGAAUUUAUAUCAAGAUGGCACGCGUAAAGAUGGCAAAAAUAUAACAAAUUAUUCAAACUAACAUAACUCCAAUGGGUGUAACUAAAGCUAUCGCAAGUGAUACUUAUUGCUUUGUAAACCUGUUAAAAAUUUGUUAAACACCAUCGUUAUCAUAUUUUAACACUCGUAAAGAACCAAAAAAUGGUCUUUCAUAUUAAGAAAAUAACAGAUUAUUGAACCGUAUAGUUAUUGCAUUAAACAUAGUUAAUUAUCAAUAACCGAAAAUAGUUCCGAAACUAGCAUAAUAA